ACACUAUGUCUACACAGAGCUUCUUCGUCCCGACUCCCCCGCCAAAGACAAAGCUUGGCAAUCACCGCCAGCUCGCGCCCCUCGCCGGCAUCCAUGUCUCGCCCAUCUGCCUCGGUGCCAUGAGCAUCGGCGACCAGUGGGCCAACAUCGGCAUGGGCCAGAUGGACAAGGACGACAGCUUCAAGCUCCUCGACGCUUUCUAUGACGCCGGCGGCAACUUUAUCGACACGGCCAACAACUACCAAGACGAGACGUCCGAGCAGUUCAUCGGCGAGUGGAUGGAGCGACGCCAGAACCGUGACCAGAUGGUCAUCGCGACAAAGUACACAUCGAACUUCAAGCGUGCGGCCGAUCUCUCGCAGAAGACAAGCUAUGUCGGAAACAACAUCAAGUCGCUCCACGUCUCGGUCGAGCAGUCCCUCAAGAAACUGCGCACGGACUACAUCGACAUUCUUUACCUCCACUGGUGGGACUGGACCUGCGGUGUCGAAGAGGUCAUGAAUGGCCUGCACCAUCUCGUAGCACAAGGAAAAGUGCUCUACCUGGGCGUCUCGGAUACACCCGCAUGGAUCGUCUCGCGCGCAAACAUGUAUGCACGCCUGACGGGCAAGACGCCCUUCGUGAUCUACCAGGGCGCAUGGAACAUCAUGCAGCGCGACUUCGAGCGCGAUAUCAUCCCCAUGGCGCGCGUCGAGGGUAUGGCCCUCGCGCCGUGGAACGUCCUCGCAGGCGGCAAGAUCCGCACAGAUGCAGAAGAGGAGCGUCGUCGCCAGACGGGCGAGAAGGGCCGCACAAUCAUGAGCGCCGACUGGGAGCGCACACCGGAGGAGCGCCAGGUCUGCCAAGUGCUUGAAAAGGUCGCAGCCGAAACGGGUGCAACGAGCAUCACGGCGCUGGCGCUCGCGUACGUGAUGCAGAAGACGCCGUACGUGUUCCCAAUCGUCGGUGGGCGCAAGGUCGAGCACCUGAUGGACAACAUCGGCGCGCUGGACAUCGCGCUCACGCCGGAGCAGAUUGCGGAGCUCGAGGCCGUUAAGCAGUUCGCGAAAGGCUUUCCGCACGAUAUGGUGGGCGACGGGUUGACAUACUCGCCGUUCCAUUUGCUGGGGCUGAACCUCGACAAGUGGCCCUAUCAGCAGGCGAUCCGGCCUAUGAAGCAGUGA